AUGACGGUGCCGCCAUCUCCAUCGCUUAGUCCAAUCCGAGAGCCGCCCAUAUCUCACCCUGGUACCUUCUCGCCACCGCCCAAGCCAGUGCGUCAAGGGUCCAUGGAAGCUCACCAUGAUACAAAGCCCAUGGACUACGAUGACUAUGAAGCACUUCCACCCAACUUCUCCAUAUUGGAGAAUUGUUUCGCGGGCGCAUUUGCGGGCAUCGCAACACGGUUACAGGUCCUCAAGCCCGCCGAGGGUGGCCUAUACACAGGCCUCACAAACGCUUUCCUGAAAAUUCGAAAGGUCGAAGGAUCAGGACGGAUGUGGAGAGGCAUCUCUAGCGUUAUAUUAGGAGCUGUGGCUAGUGGCGGGUCAGCUACUAUAGCAAGCGAUGCGCUCAUGAAUCCUUUCGAUGUCAUUAAGCAGCGCAUGCAAGUCCAUGGCUCAACUUAUCGAUCUGUUUUCCACUGCUUGAAGUCUGUCUACAGGAAUGAGGGGGUACGAGCCUUCUACGCCUCAUAUCCGACGACCAUAGCCAUGACGGUGCCCUUCACAGCAUUGCAAUUUAUGGCAUAUGAAAAUCUAUCGGAACUCCUGAAUCCGGCAAGAGAAUAUAGUCCGAAUGCGCACAUUAUUGCCGGAGGCAUGGCAGGCGGCUUUGCAGCUGCACUGACAACUCCAUUAGACGUUAUCAAAACCUUGCUACAGACACGAGGAAGCGCACAUGAUCGAGAGUUGCGUCUUGCAAGGGGACUGUUCGGAGCCGCUUCUAUCAUCAGGAGACAGCAAGGUUGGCGGGGGUUCUUUCGAGGGCUGCAGCCCAGAAUACUGACUGCGGUACCCUCUACUGCGAUCUGUUGGAGCUCCUACGAACUUGCUAAGAAUUAUUUUGUGCAGAACCGCGAUGAUGCUUUAUGA